GGUCCGAACUCCGAAGUCAGGCAAAUCGGAGAGACACUUGGCAACGCGACGAGACGCCACGUUUAAUAUUACACAUUAGGGGCAACCACGCCACCUAGCUCAGUGUCUCCCUCUCGAUUCUUGGCACCCGUUAUGAGUUCAAAAAGCAAAGCCACAGGAACAUUCGAUCGAAUGAAAUAGUUAAACCUCUCUCCGUUUCGAUUAGGGUUUUGUCUCCUCUCUGCCGCCGCGCGAAUCCGAUCCGGAGCUCUUCUAUUCCGGUACGCUCGAGAGCUCUUCGAUUCGGUUUAUGAAACCUCGAUUCUGUCUGGCUUCAAUCCAUCCGAGAUUUUAAGUGUUGUGCAUGGCACAUGCUCACCGGAGUCAGAACAGUGUUGCUCUGGUUCAUCCACAGCCGUUGAUACAUCCUCAACCUCCAGUCGUGAACGCUCCGGUCGGCUUUGUUCCGAGACCGGUCGGCGUGAUAAACCCUAGCUUCGGUCCUGUGCCGCCUUUUGAUCCCGCGAGUUUACCGCAACCUGGAUUUGUUUUGAAUCCGGCGGUGUUGGUCCGAAUGGAACAUCGCAGGUCAAUCUCGCUGCUUCAGUUUAUGUCAAACGAAGGGCUCAUUCCGUCCCCAGAGGAGGAGUUGAAGAGGAAAAAUGUAAUUGAGAAGCUCAAAGAGAUAGUGUUGACAUGGGUUAAGAGGGUUGCUUGGCAACGUCAACGCCCAAAACAACAAAUUGCAGUUACUUCUGCAACGAUUUUAACAUAUGGCUCGUAUGGCCUUGGAGUUCAUGGGCCAGAAUCAGACAUUGAUGCUCUAUGUGUUGGCCCUUUCUUUGCUUCCAUGGCUGAUGAUUUUUUUAUUGUUCUGCGCAACAUGCUUGAAAGUAGACCAGAAGUCUCAGAGAUCCAUUGUGUCAAAGAUGCCAAAGUUCCUCUAAUGCGGUUCAAAUUUGAUGGAAUAUCCGUUGAUCUUCCAUAUGCUCAGCUUAAACUAUUAUAUGUUCCUGAAAAUUUGAAUGUACUCAACCCAUAUUUUCUAAGGAAUAUUGACGAAACAAGUUGGAAAAGCUUGUCCGGAGUACGAGCUAAUGAAUGCAUUCUUCAGCUUGUUCCAAAUGUGGAGAAUUUUCAAUCAAUACUUCGAUGUAUUAAAUUAUGGGCGAAAAGGCGAGGGGUGUAUGGUAACUUAUUUGGGUAUUUUGGUGGAGUCCAUUUGGCCAUUCUUGCUGCUUUUGUUUGUCAAAAGAAUCCACAUGCCAACUUAAAUGUUCUAAUGUCAAGCUUUUUUAAGACUUUCUCCGGCUGGCCUUGGCCUACACCAGUAGCAUUGGAAGAUGGAAGACUACCAACUGGAGGCACCAGAGAAACACGUGCAUUAAUGCCCAUUCAAUUACCAUGUAGCCCUUAUGGAUAUUGCCAUUCAAACAUCACAAAAAGUACAUUUUACAGGAUCACGACAGAGCUUACUCUAGGGCAUGCUCUGACUCGGGAUCUCCUAAGGCUAGACUUUGACUGGAAUGACAUAUUUGAGCCUUUUUGUUACUCCAAGAAAUAUUCGCGAUUUAUAAAAAUUUACCUGUCGUCUUCUAAUCAAGAUGAAUUAGGGGAUUGGGUGGGUUGGGUAAAGUCACGCUUUCGCUUCCUUCUUGCAAAGGUGGAGGAGGUACAGGGUCUGUGUGACCCCAACCCAACAGAGUUCAUCGAUCCUGAUGCAGGAGAGCCAAAUGUUGUGUUUUUCUGGGGCGUACAACCUGGUAGGAUAAAUUUUUCGGACAUAGAUGUUGUGGAGGAUGACUUCAUGCAAAACAUUAAUAACGGUGGCUAUCAAGGCCCUCCUGGAAAGAUGAAUUUGUCUGUCAUUCCUACUUCUCAGCUGCCUGGUUAUGCUCAGCUGGAUACUGGAAGUAGGAACAGGACAAAAGCAUGCUGGAGGAUGUUUAAUUAUCAUCAACCAAGGGUCCCGGUGUUCUCGCAGCAUCUGCCUCUGUACUUUGUAGGGUAUGCAGCAACCGAUAAGGAUGCCAAGCGCCUGGAUGCUUGGAGCUAGGCUUCUCUUAAGAUGAUCACCUCUGUUUUCUGGAACGAAUUGCUGCUCACACGUAUCUGCACUGGUGGCAGCAGAGCCCGCCUCUUGUUUGGACGUUUCGUAGUUGUUAGACUCCAAAGCACUGAUGGCUCCCGGCAGAUGCCUCGUCACAGUUCCCUGAUAUUCAUCAAUGCAUGUGCCAUAGUAUCUGUACAGCACAGGGUCGGUGGUGUUCUUGAACAGCUCUCCAACGUGCACUAGAGUUUGGUUAGCCUUCGCCAAGGCCAGCUCAAGGGCAGAGUGGGCUAGAUCUUUGACAUCUGUACUGGAGUCUUUGGAGAUUGGAGGGUUCUGCAUAGCAGCAGAGGACUGGGGGAUUGUGGGGAGGAGAAAAAGAAGAAGAAGAAGAAGAAAGGGCCAUGAAAGAGAGAUCAUUAGUAUCUUCAUGGUUGAAGGAUCUAUGGAAGGAGAAUUGGCACAGCUGUUUGUUUUAUGAUGCUUGAGGUUUUGGGGUGUUGGCUAGGAUUUGAUUUUAUAGGGGGUUGAGAUAAGCAUACGAAGUCUCAUUUGGUAACUAAAGGGGAUUUGCUUUUCUUGGAGAAUGAAUGCACAGAAGGUAAUCUCACCUUGUUACUUUACAAGAAUUUAGUAUAAUUGCCCUUUCUUUUUUCGAUGAAUGCGAGCGAAGUUGGUGGCUAGGAUUUGAUUUAUAGGGGGUUGAGAUUCAAGCAUACGAAGUCUCGUUUGGUAACUAAAGGGGAUUUGCCUUUCUUGGAGAAUGAAUGCAGAAGGUAAUCUCACCUUGUUACUUUACAAGAAUUUA